CACGCCGAGCGCGGGAAGCGUCCGGCGCCGGCGCUCGCUCCCGCUUGCCUUUCUUCGGCUGUGGAGGUUCGGUCCUGUAGAUAAGUAAAGGAAAAAAUGCCUGCCACACAGAAGCCCAUGAGAUAUGGCCACACAGAGGGACACACAGAUGUCUGUUUUGAUGAUUCUGGGAGCUGUAUUGUAACUUCUGGAAGUGAUGGUGAUGUGAGGAUUUGGGAAGAUUUGGAUGAUGAUGACCCUAAAUCCAUUAAUGUUGGAGAAAAAGCAUAUUCAUGUGCUUUAAAGAAUGGAAAAUUGGUCACUGCAGUAUCUAACAAUACUAUUCAAGUGCACACAUUUCCUGAAGGAGUUCCGGAUGGAAUAUUGACUCGCUUCACCACAAAUGCAAACCAUGUGGUCUUUAAUGGGGAUGGUACAAAAAUUGCUGCUGGAUCUAGUGACUUUCUAGUCAAAAUUGUGGAUGUGAUGGAUUGCAGCCAACAGAAAACAUUUCGAGGACAUGAUGCCCCUGUUUUAAGUCUUUCCUUUGACCCUAAGGACAUCUUUCUGGCAUCAGCUAGUUGUGACGGAUCUGUCAAAGUGUGGCAAAUUUCAGAUCAGACAUGUCCUGUUAGUUGGCCACUGCUACAAAAAUGCAAUGAUGUGGUAAAUGCAAAGUCGAUCUGCAGACUUGCUUGGCAGCCGAAAAGUGGGAAGUUACUGGCAGUUCCUGUGGAAAAAUCUGUUAAGCUAUAUAGAAGAGAAACUUGGAGUAACCAGUUUGAUCUUUCAGAUGAUUUCAUCUCUCAGACACUGAAUAUAGUAACCUGGUCUCCUUGUGGACAGUAUUUAGCUGCAGGGAGUAUUAAUGGUUUAAUUAUAAUUUGGAAUGUGGAAACCAAAAAUUGCAUUGAAAGGGUGAAACAUGAGAAAGGUUAUGCAAUUUGUGGCCUGUCAUGGCAUCCUACUUGUGCUCAAAUAGCUUAUACUGAUGCAGAAGGAAAUCUGGGGCUCCUGGAGAAUGUUUGUGACCCCAAUGGAAAGAAGUCAAACAGUAAGGUGUCUAGCAGAGUAGAAAAGGAUUAUAAAGAUCUUUUUGAUGGAGAUGAUACAAGUAAUGUCAGUGACUGUCUAAAAGACAAUGCAGUCAAAACCCACUCUGUUUCAAAAGGGAUUGUGAAUGAUGAGGAAGAUGAUGAUGACCUUAUGCUGGCUUCAGGUCGUCCUAGACAGCGAAGUCACAUCCUCGAAGAUGAUGAAAACUCAGUUGAUGUUACAAUGCUAAAAAUUGGUUCUAGUCUUUUCAAAGAAGAGGAAGAUGAUCAGGGAGGCAGCAUUCACAAUCUACCAGUUGUAGCAUCCCAGAGGCCAUUUUAUGAUGGUCCUAUGCCGACUCCCCGGCAGAAGCCAUUCCAGUCAGGUUCUACGCCCGUGCAUCUCACUCACAGAUUCAUGGUGUGGAACUCUAUUGGAAUUAUUCGCUGCUAUAAUGAUGAGCAAGACAAUGCCAUAGAUGUGGAAUUCCAUGAUACCUCUAUACACCAUGCAACACACUUAUUGAACACUUUUAACUACACAGUAGCAGAUCUUUCCCGUGAAGCUGUUUUGUUGGCAUGUGAAAGCACUGAUGAACUAGCAAGCAAGCUUCACUGCCUGCACCUUAGUUCUUGGGAUUCCAGCAAAGAAUGGAUAGUAGACAUGCCUCCGAAUGAAGAUAUUGAAGCCAUAUGUCUUGGUCAGGGAUGGGCUGCUGCUGCCACUACCUCCUUGCUUCUUCGCUUGUUUACCAUUGGAGGUGUUCAAAAAGAGGUCUUCAGUCUGCCUGGGCCUGUUGUGUCAAUGGCUGGACAUGGAGAACAGCUUGUCAUUGUUUAUCACAGAGGUACAGGAUUUGAUGGGGAUCAGUGCCUUGGAGUUCAACUGCUAGAGCUAGGGAAAAAGAAAAAACAAAUUUUGCAUGGUGAUCCUCUUCCUCUUACAAGGAAAUCCUAUCUUGUAUGGGUUGGAUUUUCAGCUGAAGGUACCCCAUUUUAUGUGGAUUCAGAAGGCAUUGUUCGAAUGCUUAACAGAGGACUUGGUCAUACAUGGACUCCUGUAUGUAACACAAGAGAACACUGCAAAGGAAAAUCUGACCACUACUGGGUGGUUGGUAUCCAUGAAAAUCCCCAGCAGCUGAGGUGUAUUCCUUGCAAAGGUUCUCGAUUUCCUCCCACCCUUCCACGCCCUGCUGUAGCUGUUUUGUCCUUUAAGCUUCCUUACUGUCAGACUGCCACAGAGAAAGGACAGAUGGAGGAACAGUAUUGGCGUUCAGUUAUAUUUCACAACCAUCUUGAUUAUUUAGCAAAAAAUGGUUAUGAAUAUGAAGAGAGCACUAAAAAUCAAGCAACAAAAGAACAACAGGAACUUUUACUGAAAAUGCUUGCGCUUUCCUGUAAACUGGAGCGGGAAUUUCGUUGUGUGGAACUUGCUGGUCUAAUGACUCAGAAUGCUGUGAAUUUAGCCAUUAAGUAUGCUUCUCGUUCUCGGAGAUUAAUAUUGGCCCAAAGACUUAGUGAACUGGCUGCAGAGAAGGCAGCAGAGUUGGCAGCCACCCAGGCUGAGGAAGAAGAAGAAGAGGAUUUCAGGAAAAAGUUGAAUGCUGGUUAUAGUAAUACUUCUACAGAGUGGAGUCAGCCAAGGCUCAGAAAUCAAGUUGAAGAAGAUACGGAGGAUAAUGGAGAAGCUGAUAAUACAGAAGAAAGACCAGAAAUACACAAACAUGGAGAGAGCCCAUUUUUCAAAAGUGCAGAUUCCUCUGACAUGCUAGCUCUUAAGUCAGGUGCAGUUAUCUCUAGCAGCCAAGGACGAAUAAACCCCUUCAAGGUAUCAGGCAGUUCCAAAGAGCCAGCCAUUUCAGUGAAUUCAGGACGUUCAACUAAUAUUUUAGACAGUAUGAACAAAUCAUCCAAGAAAUCUACCGCAUUUAAUCGAGCUACAGAUGAUGAAAAGUCUCCAGUUAUAAAGCCCUUGAUUCCAAAGCCAAAGUCUAAGCAGGCAUCUGCAGCAUCCUUUUUCCAGAAAAGAACUUCCCAAACUGACAGGACUGAGGAAGUAAAAGAAGAAAAUCCUAAAAAUUCAUCAUCUGAAACCCCAGCUGUGUGUCCUCAAAACACUGAAAACGAAAGGCCUAAGACCGGGUUCCAGAUGUGGCUGGAAGAAAACAGAAGUCAUAUUUUGUCUGACAAUCCUGACUUUUCAGAUGAAGCAGACAUAAUAAAAGAAGGAAUGGUUCGAUUUAAAGUACUGUCAACUGAAGAAAGGAAGGCAUGGGCUGCCAAGGCCAAAGGAGGAACUGCAAGUGAUGGAGCUGAAGAAAAGAAGCGAAAACGUGUGGUCGAUGAAAGUCAGGAAAUUGAAAACCAGGAAGAAAAAAUGAAGAAUUUGAAUUUACCUAAAAAGCAAAAACCUUUAGAUCUUUCUACAAAUCAGAAACUGUCAGCUUUUGCUUUUAAGCAGGAAUAGAGUAAGGAGGUAAAUUUAGAACUUAGGAGAGUAAUGGAUCUUUGGUGAAUCUAGACCUUUAAAAAAAUCUGUAGGAAACUCUUUAAGUAUUUUUGAAAGAGUUUAAAGAUUGCUGUUUGUCUUUAUAAGAUAAUCCAGUAACUAUAUUGGUGUAAGUAGUGGGGCAUCUGUAAAAACUGUCAUCUCUGCAGAUUGCUCUGCCCCCAAAUGGAGGGCCAUUCAGAAGCAUGACCAUGGCCACUGACUGGAGGCCACUGUCAUGUCCCAUUGGAAGCUGGAUUGAUUUUGUUUCUUACCUUCAAAAUCAUCAAAGCCAAGGUCUUAAAAUCUCUGAGCAUUGAAGCACCUUCUAGAGUGUUUCUUGUUUGGUAAAUAUCAUAUUGGCAAGUGCUACGAAAGUCCUCUUCCAAAGUGUGUUACUAUAGAUUGCUGUUAUGUCUGUACUGGACCCAGGGGACCAUAUUUUUUUUCAUAUGGGCCCUAAACAUGUAAAUAAUUUUGUAGAUGAGACCUUUGUUUUGGAAAUUUCUUCAUAUAUUACUUUUAUCUGUUUGUAUUGCCUGUUUUUUAAAAAAUAAAACUUACGUUUUCAUGUUAAGCUUAA